AACAUAAACUGAACCAUUCAGAUACUAAAGCUUCAAGUCUUAGAAAUUUUAUUCCAUGAUAGCAACUAAUCCUUGCUUAGCUUAAGCUCCACUCAUCUACUGUAUUUGUAUUGUGAUAUGUCCUAUCCUCAUAACCCAGCCAGCUCAAAUAAAAUGCUUGCAAGUAGCUCAAACCUUCCAAGGAAAACCCUGAAAAUCAAGAAACAAAAUGAUGACAAGUUGUUCUCAAAGCAACUAACAAGCCAAAAGGGUAUGAUCUCCAUGGCCAAGCCCAAGUUCUCCAUAGAAGAUUAUCAUGGAGGGUCUGCUGUUGCAGUUCCAUUCACUUGGGAAUCUCAACCAGGCACUCCUAAGAUUAACCAUUUUAGGGAAAACCCUCUUCCUCCUCUAACUCCACCACCUUCCUACUUCUAUAACAGCAGUCCCAAACCAAAACCCAAAACCAGAAAGCACUCCAGACCUAAUAAUCUCUUCAACUCUAUCUUCCCCAAGCGUACAGCUUCUACAAGAAAAACAGCCUUCCCUGCUUCUCCUGCUUCCUCUUCUAAUUCUUCAUCUACUUCUUCUUCUUCUUUCUCGUCGAGGAUCGCAUCAACAUCUUAUUCUGUUCCAUCUUCACCAGUAACAGUUUCAAGGGGUCGAAUUCGCUGUGGGAUAUCCAGUCCCAGAAAAUCUUUUGAGUCAUCGAGAAUGGUGCAACAGCAGGAUGAGGAUCAUGAACACGAAUGUGAAUCUCCUGUUUCGACGUUGUGCUUCGGGAAUGGCGGCCGCGGAGCCAGUGCUAGGUCUCGGGGUUUCUAUGCAUCCAUGAUCAAGGUAUUGCUUAGAGAUGUUUAAUGGUCAGAAGUUCAUAAUGUAAUAUAAUUUUGUUGAACUUUUUCCAUGUAUCAAUGAACUGGUUCUUGAUGAUCAGCUCAGCUGUUACCAGCUGAUGAAACAAGUGGCUUGCUUAUAUUAAUUGUUUCUUGAAUGAAUGAAAUUUUAUCAUUUUUCUUUUUACUUUAUUUUUUCUAAAGUUACUUUCUUCCAAGAAA